AUGUUGAGAUCAGUCACACUCCGUUCUUCAGUCCGCGCUGCGGUAAGAAGUAGUUCCCGCAAGUCAUUAGCUUGUAGUGUAACUGCUUUGAAGUGCGCUUCAGCUUCAGCUGCAAGUGUCAGGUAUGCUAGUCAGCUCUCAGUGCCAAAGACGCCAACUUUGAUCAAUGAGCCAAUCAAGAACUUCACCUUUAGCGACCAAAAGGACUGGGAUUUGCUCAGAGCAUCCAUUAGUAAGUUCACCGACGCCCCAUUGGACAUCCCUGUCGUUAUCAAUGGUGAAAAGCGCUUCAACAGUGCUACGUUGAACCACGUUAAUCCAGCUAAGCACUCACAAAACUUGGCCAAUGUUUCUCAAGCUACUGAGCAAGACAUCAAGGAUGCCAUUGAACUGGCCAAGGCCGCCAAGCAAAAGUGGGCUGCCACUCCAUGGUCUGACAGAGCUGCCAUCUUCUUAAAGGCUGCAGACUUGAUUGCUACCAAGUACAGGUACGACAUGUUAGCUGCUACCAUGUUGGGUCAGGGUAAAAACGUGUAUCAAGCCGAAAUCGACUGUAUUACUGAAUUGAUCGAUUUCUUCAGAUUCAACGUCAAGUACGCUCAGGAAAUCUAUAGCCAACAACCAUUGGAAUCAUCUCCAGGUGUCUGGAAUAGGGCUGAGUACAGACCAUUAGAAGGUUUCGUCUACGCUGUCACUCCUUUCAACUUCACAGCCAUUUCUGCAAAUUUGAUCGGUGCUCCAGCCCUUAUGGGUAACACCGUUGUAUGGAAGCCUUCCGCUACUGCAGCUCUCUCGAAUUACUUGUUGUUGACCAUCUUGGAAGAAGCCGGUUUACCUAAGGGUGUUGUCAAUUUCGUUCCCGGUGAACCAAACCAGGUCACUGACUUGGUUGUUAAUGAUAAGGACUUUUCAUCUUUACACUUUACAGGUUCCACUGAUGUCUUCAAGAAGCUUUACGUUAAGAUAUCUGAGAACGUUGCCAACGACAAGUACAGAGAUUUCCCAAGAAUUGUCGGUGAAACCGGUGGUAAGAACUUCCACUUGAUCCACAACUCUGCCUCUGUAAACCACACUGUCUUGUCCACUUUAAGAGGUGCUUUCGAGUACCAAGGUCAAAAGUGUAGUGCCACUUCAAGGGUAUACGUUCCAGAAUCCAUUUGGCCCGAAUUCAAAGAAAAAUUGACUGCUGCUAUGAAAACUAUCACCAUCGGCAACACCACCGACCCAGCCUUGUUGAACUCGUUCAUGGGCCCUGUUAUUCACGAACAAUCGUUUGAAAAGUUGGCUAAGGUGAUUGAAGAAGCCAAGAAUGAUUCUGAAUUGACCAUCUUGGAAGGUGGACACUACGAUAGAUCUGCUGGAUUCUAUGUGGAACCAACAUUAAUCCAAGCUUCCUCUCCAGAGCACCCAUACUUGACUAAGGAGUUCUUUGGUCCUGUUUUGACCGCCUACGUAUACCCAGAUGCCGAAUUUGAAUCUAUUAUGGGUAAGGUGGAUGCGGCCACCAAGUAUGGAUUAACUGGAUCCAUCUUCGCCAGAGAUAGAGACGCUGUCAGAUUGGCAGAAGAAGGCUUGAGAUACUCUGCCGGUAACUUCUACAUCAACGACAAAUCCACUGGUGCUGUUGUUGGACAGCAGUGGUUUGGAGGUGCCAGAAUGUCUGGUACCAACGAUAAGGCUGGUAGUGGUAACAUUUUGAACAGAUUCGUGUCGGUUAGAAACAUCAAGGAAAACUUCUAUGAGCUUACCGACUACAAAUACCCAUCGAACAUUAAAUGA